UAAAAUGAACCCGGUAUGAAAACAGUACAUUUUUGACUUUUUUAACACUUGUCAUUUUCUGAGACAAAAACAUCGAGAUUUUAUAGAAAAGUAUCAGAGAAACCUAAAAUUUUGCAGGGGACUCAAUUUUAGAAAAUGUUAGAGCAGAAAAUUGCCUCUUUGCUUCAGGAGCAGGCAGCUCCUCCCAUCCAGCUAUAAUAGCCCAGCUGACCUGUUGGUCCUUCCAUCCUGAAGUAGGCCAACACAAACUGACUUGUGAGAGCUUGGACAGCUUUCUUGCAAGCCCUUGCUGGUGGUUCUCAGUCACACAUGGAGAUGUAGAUGCAGUCUGCCCGCCUGGGUAUUUUCUGGAGCGACUCUGAAGCGGAUUAAGGAGACGCUGGUAACUUGUAACCAUGACUUUUGCCAUGCUGCGGCCUGUAGCGACGCACUUGAUCUACUCGGACUUCACGGUCACCUCCGAGGACGACGAGAACCGCAGCGAGAGCGACGGCAGCUCGGAGCAGAGCUACUGCGGCUCGACGGAGAAACGGAGGCGGAUCUCUCGCAAGCUGGAGGGAGACUCUGCGGUGGUGAUGAAGCAGCGGAGCGCGGCCAACGCCAGGGAGAGAGGCCGGACCCAGAGCGUCAACACCGCCUUCACGGCUCUGCGGACGCUCAUUCCCACCGAGCCCGUGGACAGAAAGCUCUCCAAGAUCGAAACGCUCCGACUCGCGUCCAGCUACAUCUCCCACCUGGCCAACGUGCUUCUGAUCGGGGACGCGGGCGCAGAGGGACAGCCGUGCCUCGGCGCGGUCCAUGCGCAAGGAGAGAGCGCAGGGAAGCAGCCGCGCACCAUCUGCACCUUCUGUUUGAGCAACCAGAGGAGAGGGGUUAAAGAUGGGAAAGACUGUUUGAAAAUGCGAGGACUGGGUCCGCUGCGAGUGAGGCGUUGACCGGACACCAUCAGUGGACCAUUUGCAACCUGAAAACCCUCAAAGACUUUCUCAGGGAAGGAGCCGAAGCUGGUGCAACAAAGAGCGCUCACUCAUGUACCUGUACACACAUGCUGGAUCAAAAGGUGGCACCAAAGAAGAGACUAUUUAUACUUGACUGAGACAUCCAAGACUGUAAGACCUUCAAAGAUGCAGUGCAUUUGUUUUAAACCUAAUGGUCUUGGUUUGUUUUAUUUGGAAGAUGUUUUAAAUAAAAUAUAUUUUAUCAAAAUAAAA